CAACAAAAAGAAACUUUUAUUCAUAGGGAGAGAAAAGGAAAGAAAGAAAAUGGUCCAAAAAGAAAAACAUGAGGAUGGAAAACAAUAACGUAGCUAGGUUCAAAUUCAACAUCCUUAUCCAUACAAACACUCAGAAGAACUCUCAAAUGGAGAAGAAGCAACCAUGAACAUUACUCUACUUCAACCACCACCAUCAUCACCAAUCUCACUCUCUUACCCACCACUCCACCAUUCUUCUUCUCCAUUCAACUUCAUCAACACCAAAACAAAAACCAACUCUUUUAUCUUAAACUACUCAAACACAUCAUCAUCAAUCACAACAACCUCAAAAACAGAACCACGCGACCAAAAGCUUCUAACAUUGUUACAGCAAAGAAAAACAGAGGAAGCUUGGAUCGUGUACACUCAUUCUACUCACCUCCCUAACCCCACUUGUCUCAGCCGUUUACUCUCUCAGCUUUCUUACCUUAACACUCCUUCUUCUCUCACGCGCGCACAGUCCAUCCUCACGCGCCUCCGUAAUGAAUCCCAACUCCACCGUCUUGACUCCAACUCCCUCGGCCUACUCGCCGUCGCCGCUGCUAAAGCUGGCCAUACUCUCUACGCUUCCUCUGUUGUCAAAUCCAUGCUUCGCUCCGGCUACCUCCCGCAUGUCAAAGCUUGGAGUGCCGUUGUAAGCUGUCUCGCCUCUGACGAUGAUGUUUCGGGACCUUCUGAGGCUCUCCGUCUCUUCCAAGCUGUCACGCGCCGGAUAAAGAAGCUCCCUGACAUCAACUUGGCGGCGGAUUCGGCACCUGACACGGUGGCUUUCAAUGCUGCGCUCAAUGCAUGUGCUAAUUUGGGUGAUGGUAAGAUGUUCUUGCAGGUGUUUGAUGAAAUGACGCAGUUUGGUGUUUUGCCUGAUUCUUUGAGUUAUAACAUUGUGAUGAAACUGUGUUGUGGAAAUAAUAGGAAGGAUUUGCUUGUGUUUGUGUUGGAGAGGAUUCUUCAGUUGAAUAUACCUUUGUGUAUGACCACUUUGCAUUCACUUGUUGCUGCUUAUGUUGAUUUUAAUGAUUUGGAAACUGCUGAGAAAAUUGUUCAGGCAAUGAGGGAAAAAAGGAGAGAUAUUUGUAGGAUACUUAGAGAGUCCAAUUCACAAGAUUCUUUUGAAAAUUCUGAUGAUGAUGAUGAUUCUGUUUUUCAUAAGUUGCUUCCAAAUUUGAUGAUGGAUAAGAGUGGAAAUGGCAAUGGUAAUGAGAAAGAUGCACUUUUGUUGCCAGAAGCAUAUACACCUAACACCAGAAUUUACACCACUCUAAUGAAAGGUUAUAUGAAGGCAGGGCGUGUUACGGAUACGGUACGAAUGCUCGAGGCAAUGCGUUGUCAGGAUGAUAGUGCCAGUCACCCUGACCAUGUUUCGUACACCACUGUGGUUUCGGCACUUGUGAAAGCUGGUUUCAUGGAUCGGGCACGUGAAGUUCUUGCUGAAAUGACAAGAAUCAGUGUGCCUGCAAACCGGAUAACCUACAAUAUUCUCCUCAAGGGUUACUGUGAACAGCUGCAGAUGGACAUGGCAAGGGAGCUGCUUAAGGAGAUGGACGAGAAUGCCGGGAUUCAGCCUGAUGUGGUGUCCUAUAAUAUACUUAUUGAUGGUUGUAUAUUGGUUGAUGACAGUGCUGGUGCUCUUUCCUUCUUUAAUGAGAUGAGGGCAAAGGGGAUAGCUCCCACAAAGAUUAGUUACACAACUUUGAUGAAAGCUUUUGCUUUGUCUGGUCAGCCAAAGCUAGCUCAAAGGGUCUUCGACGAAAUGGCGAAUGACACUCGAGUUAGGGUGGAUUUAAUUGCUUGGAAUAUGUUGGUUGAAGGAUAUAGCAAGUUAGGGUUGGUAGAAGAGGCAAAGAAAGUUAUUCAAAAGAUGAAGGAAAAUGGAUUUUACCCUAAUGUGAGCACCUAUGGAAGUUUUGCCAGUGGAAUUGCAUUGGCAAGAAAACCUGGUGAAGCACUUAUACUUUGGAAUGAAGUGAAGGAAAGGUGUGAGUUGAAUAAGGAAGGAGGGAAAACUGAUUCUUCUGUUCCACCUUUGAAACCUGAUGAAGGGCUUUUGGAUAAACUUGCUGAUAUAUGUGUGAGGGCUGCUUUCUUUAAAAAGGCCUUGGAAAUUGUGGCUUGCAUGGAAGAAAAUGGGAUAUCUCCUAACAAGACCAAGUAUACUAGAAUAUAUGUGGAAAUGCAUUCAAGAAUGUUUACUAGUAAACAUGCUUCAAAGGCUAGACAAGACAGAAGAGUGGAGAGAAAAAGAGCUGCUGAGGCAUUUAAGUUUUGGUUGGGUUUGCCUAAUUCUUAUUAUGGAAGUGAGUGGAGGUUAGAACCUCUUGAUGGAUAUGAGUGACACUACCUCUCAUUAGGUUGGAUCUGCUACAUCAAGUAGAAAAGAGGAUACGUAUAUAGUACACUUGUAUACUAGAAAGUAGAAAUCAAUGUAAUAACCUUUAAAAAUCAAAAGUGGCUAUUUUUCUUUGAAAAUGGUCUUUUUGGAUUACUUAUAUACAAUUUUGGAAUAUCACGGCUUAUCAAGAA